GGUGGCUCACGCGGUUCGCACGCUCUGCCGGGGAACAUGGCGGAUAUGGAAGCCGUUACUUUGCCCAAGAAGCAUAAAAAGAAAAAAGAAUCCAAGUCAUUACCAGAAGAAGAUGUUGCAGAAAUCCAACACAUUGGAGAAUUUCUUAUCAAACCUGAAUCCAAAGUGGCUCAGUUGGACACAUCUCAGUGGCCUCUGUUGCUAAAGAAUUUUGAUAAGCUAAAUAUAAGGACGACACACUAUACGCCUCUUCCUUGUGGUUCAAAUCCUCUGAAGCGGGAGAUUGGUGAUUAUAUCAGGACAGGGUUCAUUAAUCUUGACAAGCCCUCUAACCCCUCUUCCCACGAGGUGGUAGCCUGGAUCCGACGAAUACUUCGGGUGGAGAAGACAGGACACAGUGGUACUCUGGAUCCCAAGGUGACCGGCUGUUUAAUCGUGUGCAUAGAACGAGCCACUCGCUUGGUAAAAUCGCAACAGAGUGCAGGCAAAGAGUAUGUGGGAAUUGUCCGGCUGCACAAUGCUAUUGAAGGGGGGACUCAGCUUGCUAGGGCCCUAGAAACUCUGACAGGCGCCUUAUUCCAGCGCCCCCCACUUAUUGCUGCAGUAAAGAGGCAACUCCGAGUGCGGACCAUCUACGAGAGCAAAAUGGUUGAGUAUGAUCCUGAAAGAAGAUUAGGAAUCUUUUGGGUGAGUUGUGAGGCCGGCACCUACAUUCGGACGCUGUGUGUACACCUUGGUUUGUUACUGGGAGUUGGCGGUCAGAUGCAGGAACUUCGGCGGAUUCGUUCUGGAGUCAUGAGCGAGAAGGACCACAUGGUGACAAUGCAUGACGUGCUCGAUGCCCAGUGGCUGUACGAUAACCACAAAGAUGAGAGUUACCUGCGGCGAGUUGUUUACCCUCUGGAAAAGCUGUUGACAUCUCAUAAACGGCUGGUUAUGAAAGACAGCGCAGUGAACGCAAUCUGCUAUGGGGCCAAGAUCAUGCUUCCAGGUGUGCUGCGAUAUGAGGACGGCAUUGAAGUCAACCAGGAGAUCGUGGUCAUCACCACCAAAGGGGAAGCUAUCUGCAUAGCUAUUGCAUUAAUGACCACAGCAGUGAUCUCUACCUGCGACCAUGGGAUAGUAGCCAAGAUCAAGAGAGUGAUCAUGGAAAGAGACACUUACCCUCGGAAGUGGGGUUUAGGUCCAAAGGCCAGUCAGAAGAAGCUGAUGAUCAAGCAGGGCCUUCUGGACAAGCACGGCAAGGCCACAGCCAGCACGCCCACCACCUGGACACAGGAGUAUGUUGACUACAGUGAUGCCGUGAAGACAGAGGCGGUUGCUUCACCAGUAAAGGCCACAAAGCGGAGUCGAGAGAGUGAAAGUGAUGAGACUUCACCAGAGCCAGAGUCUCCAGAGCCGGUCAAGGAGAAGGAGAAGGAAAAGGAGAAGAAAAAGAAGAAGAAGGAGAAGAAGGCCAAAGCCGCUGCGGAGGAUGCAGGCGAGGCGGCAGAUGGGGACAGUGAUACCACCAAAAAGAAGAAGAAGAAAAAGAAAAUCAAAAUGGAAGUCGUUUCUGACUAGUGGAGAUCACUUUAAGCACUGUGCCCAGCUGGGAGGAGAAAUUAAAGCCUUAUUGAGAAAA